AUGUUAAGGAAAAGUCUAAUAUUGGAUCGUAUACCAAUUUCUUUAUUGCCGAGUGAUAGACAGAAAUGCGGUUGGAUCGCAAACUCUGUUAUCAUCCAGUGUAUUUUGGUGUUCCUCGGCUCCGCUACAGUCCUGCAUUGUAUUUGGACUCCAGACAACGCAACCCUAGAUUUUGACAAGUUGUUACGUAUCAUGUACCUCUUCGAUCCCCAAGCGUGUGACUACAACCUGCACAUAGCCAGAUCUCUCUCCAACAUCCAACUACCUAAUAACACUUUCGGUUUACAAAUACUCCCCAUAAAAUGGAAACCAGCUAUUAUGACUGUUUCUACACGAUUAUCAGCAAAAACUAGAAAGUACAUUGAGCUGAGUUUAACAAUCCAUAUUAUCUGGAUGUUUGCCGCUAUGAUCCUAAGAAUUGCAACGAGAAAGAGUAAAAAUAUCAAACUACUGAAAGUAGUGCUUGCUAUGUUUUUAUAUAUAUCUAUCUCUGUCUUAUUUUUUGAUAUAUCCAUGGCUAUUGUCUAUGUGGCACAUAUACAGCAAAGUCUUACCAAAGGCAUGGUUCUUAGAUACAGCGGAUGGAGUGUGGAAUUACAAUUAAGAAAUUAUGAUGAUUUUGCUGGAUGGUUACCCAUAACGGCCUCUAUUUGUUGGAUGAGAGGAAUUGUCAUCCUAACACUAAAUAUAUACAGCUGCAAAAUUAUCUACUACAUAAGAAAAAGAAUGAAGAAGAGAGAAGUAAAAAGAAGACUCGUGCAAGAACUAAACUUGCCAAUACCAGAACCUGCAUACCAACAGUUCAACGAUAAACACGUAUUACACUGCAGAUCUGGCGAACAUAAACCGUUCGUACACAAAAGCGUUAUAAAUAAAAUCUUCUAUUAA